CCCACCCUCGCAACUGUUCACGUACGGCACACCCGUUGUCCACAUACCUGUUCCCCAUCGUCGCCACACACCCCUUCAACACGCCGCCGCUUCCCUACGGCAGGCGAUACAAGACCACCAUGACGAAUUCGUACCCACACACGAAGAACUCAAUCCUGGCACACGCUUGUUAGAUACUAAUUUCUCUUGUAUCCUCUUUCAUACCCACGGACAUCCUCCCAUUAAACAUAGAGAUUUCCCUGCUUGGCUCGAAACAAAAAAACAAUUUAUUUCUACGUUACACACAGAUAAUACUUCCCUUGUUUCUUUCUCCGACGGCUCAGUGCGGCCGGACAGCGACUUCCACUCCACGGCGGCGUACCUUGUUUCGUACAUGGGCACCACCCAACACUCCAGAUCAUUCGCGACCGGGCAGGCCACAUCUUUUGACGCAGAACUCGCGGGAUUAGCGGCGGCACUCAACGCAUCCAUCAUCGCAGCUCGAGAGCGCGACACCAUCACUUCCAUCCACCUAUUCGCCGACAACUCGUCCGCACUGGAAUCACUAUUCCGACCCAACUUCCAUUCAUCACAAAUCGUCUCCGUCCUCGCCGCUCGCAAAGCACGAGAAUGGCUCACAGAGGACAACACCCGCCACAUCCACCUUCACUGGGUACCCGGACACCAAGGCGUCGAACUCAACGAGGUUGUUGAUCACAUGACCAACGAAGCCUACGACCUACACCCACCCAUCCCCCGCAUCUCUCACGCGUACGCCCGUGUCCUCAUCACCAAACGAGUCAUGCAAGACUGGGCCAAGAUGCCGAGUCGUGGCACCAAAUUCUUCCCCGCUCGCAUAUGCGACUCCCGCACCUGCGCGAAAGGCGGCCCCAUUAUAUCUGCCGCUGGCGAUAGCCCCACCCUCACAUCCCGCCUCACCAGAACCAUACUCGCGCACGCACCCAUUGGCGAAUAUCGAAGCAAAUACCUCCCUGCCGAGCCAAGUGCCUGCCCUCGUUGUGAUGUUCUCGAGACGCGCCACCACAUCCUGGAGUCCUGUCCGCUGUACAAACGCCCACGCCGAACCGGUUUUUACACUCUUAUUGCUUCUUCACGGAACCCUAUACGAUUACUCAAAGACUUCCUUACGAACAAUCCCCUCGCAUUCACGUUUGAUUCCGCUAACUUACACACACCGAACGUUCCCCGCCCACCGGACUGAUUGGGCCACAUUUGAUCGCACACGUUACCGGCACAUCGAAUUUAUUUGCUUCUUUUCUGCAUU